CAACAGACAAGAACGACAGUAAUGCUUCAAGGAUGUCAGUCUUGAGUAUCAAGUAUCCGUGUCUUCUGUCCCUAAUGAUCAGGAGUUCAGUUCAUCAACACAGCGUGGCAGGGGGACCGCAUUGCCUAGCGACGAGUCAUUGGUGUCACAGCACGUGACUAAUGUGACUCGCCGCCGAAGGUGAGAAAUGACGAGUACACCAUCCACGAACCAUCCCAUACCAUCAUCUCGAGAAUUUAUCAUGCACGACAUCUCUUCCUCUCACCAGCUCACCGUUGUCUAUCCGAGUACCGAUCAGCUGCUCCUUCGUUCCUGACAAGUCUGAUCUCCCCUACUGGCACUCAUUCUUCUCGAUCGACGAGCAUCAACAUCACGAGGUGUCCUUCCUUCGCUGCCAUUGCUCGUGCUUACGGUAAGCGGCAGAAGCCCACAGUUGCUGUACGAAUGUCGGACCAUUGUACGAGUAAUACCUCAAUGCUCUCGAGAAAUAUGAUUGGUUACAAGGCCUAGGGUUCAGCCCCAUCGCAGCCCUUUGCAGGACACCCAAUAUGCGGAACCUGUCCGAGGUCCCAGGCGGGGGAAGAGGUGCUGUGUGGAGAAGGAAUCCUCUGAGUCCGGGCUCAUGAGAAACCCGGCAGUUCCAGUCACCAUAUAACCCGCAUAUCCCCAAAGAGCAUAAGGGGACCAUGAUUCUCUUCUCAGACUGCAUCUGGUCUGCCUGCAGUAUUGCCUCGCACUCAGCUGUCGCCGAUCAGUAUGGCCACCGAGACGACCACCGUCACAACCAAGCUCUACGGGAGUCUUCCACCUUUCCCUGACGACCUCAUCCAUGCACCGAUUGCUGAGAUCUCCUCCAAAAGGCUCUUAGAAAAGGACCCGGAAACCACGGCUGCAGUCUUGCAAGCAUGUCAGACUUACGGUUUCUUCUAUCUUGACGUGACCGAUUCUGAUCAAGGUCGCAACCUCCUUGAGGAGGCCGACCAACUCUACGACCUCAGCAAAGAGACACUUGCUCUCCCCUUUGAAGAGAAAGACAAAUACGACUUCCGUAAGACAAAAUCCUUUUUCGGCUACAAACCAGCUGGGACUGUCAAGACAACAGACAAGGCUCAGCGUCCAGACAGCACCGAGUUCUUCAAUAUUGGAAAGGACUGCCUCUUUGAUGUCGCCCCAAGCAGAACGUAUCCCGAAAUUAUCCAGAAUUCCAAACCCUUGCUACAGAAGUUCUGUAAGGGUGCCCACGAGAUGGCCAUGGACAUCCUCCGCACACUGGCUCGCGCGUCGGGCGAGGACGAGGAAAUUUUCGUCAGCCGCAAUCUCUUCCACGAAUCAUCAGGAGACCACAUCCGCCUUACGUUGAAGCCUCCAUCGGAAGCAUCAAAGUCUGACAUUGGACUUGCCUCGCACACCGACUUUGGCAGCGUCACGAUCUUGUUCAACUGGCUCGGCGGGCUGCAGAUUGAAUCGCGGACCCCGGGUCGCAUCGGUGAAUGGGAAUACGUCAAACCAGUGCCUGGAAGAGCCAUCAUCAAUCUCGGAGAUGCCAUGGUCCACUUCUCCAAUGGAACAAUGAAGAGUGCCAAACAUCGUGUCGUGCCGUCGCCUGGCGCCCAGGCGGGCAUGGAAAGGGUCAGUGUUGUGUACUUCGUUCGACCCACACAUCAUAGCUUGAUGAAGCCGGUGGGGAAAUUUGAUACGGCAGACAAUCGGGUCAAAGUGGGUGGGAAAUUCUCGGAUGGGAUCGAUGACAAGGUUUACACAGCGAGGGAGUGGCUUGAGAAGCGGUAUGUACAACUGGCGUCGUCAAAGGAUUGAUCUUGGAGUACCAUAAGUCUUGGAUUCAACUUCAGACCGUGUCGUCUCGUCACAAGGCCUUUCAGGCGGUUGAUUCCGGCUUGCAAUGUCAGCGUUGAAGUGCUGCAACUAUGUGCCCAAUUGCUUUCAGUGUGGAUUGCUGCCAUUUGCUCUCUCCAGUGUACGGACACGAACUCGUCUAUAUCGAUCAGCCUCGACGGAAAGACGACUGCAGAUUGUACGACGUCGAGAAGGACCUGGCUGAAAUGCACGGCUUGAUGCAGGUGCAAACGGCGAUUCCUCACCGCCUGAUUCGUCAUCCGCAGAGACCAGAAUGGUUCAGACUUGAGUGUUCAGUGUAACAGCGGCUGGAGGUUUCAGGUCGCGCUCUUUUUGGCGCUUAAAUUUGACACGUAAGCCGACAUUUACAGCAUGCAUUUUCAUGAAUGGUG